CAUCCAGCAAAGCAACCGAGAGAGAAAGAGAGAGCGGAAGACGCGGAGCUACCGCGUGAGAAGAGCGAGCGAGCGAGCGAGCCAGCAGCUCAGCGAGCUCAACGACCGCCGCGGCGACGAUGUGGAGCACCGACUCCGACCUCGACGAGUCCGCGUCGACGACGACGGCGGCCACCUCCUCCCUGUCCUCCUCAUGCUCCCUGCAGCCGCAGACGCCCCCGCCCCCUCGCCGCAGACGCAGCCGUAACCGCCGCCGCGCCCAGCGCCGGGUCAAGAACGGCCCGGAGGUGGAGGAGUCGGAGGCGGAGGCCGAGGCGGAGGAGGUGUGGUGCGGCGCGCAGUGGGAGGCGGCGUGGCCACGGAGGGCGCGGCCGGUGGUGCUCGCCGGGGAAGACGCGGCCCCUGACCGCGCCGGAGCGGGCGCCGGGGAUUCCGGCGUGGGGCGUGCCAGGAGCCUGACGGACGACGACCUGGAGGAGCUCAAGGGGUGCGUGGAUCUGGGGUUCGGGUUCAGCUACAACGAGAUCCCCGAGCUGUGCGGCACCCUGCCCGCGCUCGAGCUCUGCUACUCCAUGAGCCAGCGGUUCUUGGACGAGCACCAGCCGCCGUCCAAGGCCGAGGAGUUGGCUCCGGAGCCGCCGGCGGUCGUGCCUCCUUCGCCGGCCCAACCCAUCCCCAACUGGAAGAUUUCCUGCCCUGGGGACAGCCCAGAUGAGGUGAAGGCGAGGCUCAAGUACUGGGCGCAGGCGGUGGCGUGCACCGUCAAGCUGUGCAGCUGAUCAACUGCACGGUCAAUCAAUCCUGCGGACGCAGGAAGACGAAGCCAACUCAUACUCGCAAGGCGGCAACACAAUUCAUCAGGCGACCUAUGUGCACGAGAGCACGCCAUCUGCCCGAAUCGCGUGGAAAUUACAUUGCAUUGCAUCAAUUCAUCGCCAUCAUCACGACAAGCACAGGAAGGGUGCACGCAUCAUAUUGUGGACUUGGGAUUGCGCCUCUGAUGACAGGAAGCGAAGAAGCGAGCGAGGAGAUGUCACCGGCCAUUUCUAAUGCGGCACUCACACAUUAUGAUUUAGUAUGAAUCACUGAAUUUCCUUUCAAAAGAAAGUAUGAAUCCUUGAUCAGCAGCUGUAGCUAAUUUAUUCAUGUAAACAGACAACGUAUAAUGUGUUCUCAACCAAUUCAUUUUGGAAAUAAUAAUUGAUCUCGUGCUGAGCUGUGCCUU